AUGAUUCCAAGACAAGGCUAUGCGCCAACUCCUCACAGUUAUGUUCCCAACACUCACCUUUCUGCCAGUAUAAAUCUUGACGAGGAAGUCAAGCUCACGAAUACCCGUGCCGAGCGCGACCUCCAAGAAUCCCUCGCAGAGCUCUUUAGCAUUAUAAUUACACUCGAUGAACUUGAAAAGGCCUUCCUUAAAGAUGCUGUUCCCGAAGCAGAGUACACGGAAAUUUGCGAGCGAUCGCUAAGACAGUAUAAAGCACUGCUGCAAGAUGAGACGAUUGCUAGGGAAUUUGGCGAUCUUGAGGAUUUCAAGGCCAAGUGGGAUCUUGAAGCACCUCGCGCAACCGAGCGCAUUCGUGUCGGCAUGCCAUCCACAGCCAUCGACCGAGCCCCCUCAGUGCCAACUCCCGCCCCCGCCGCAGCUGCCAACAACACCAGCGGUGUUCUCAUUCUCGAAGCUACCCAAGAGUUCAUCACCUUCCUCGACGCUGUUAAGCUUGGUCUUCUUUCCAAGGACCAACUGCAUCCUCUUCUCUCUGAUGUCAUCCAAUCAGUAAAUCGAGUUACGGAUAAGGACUUUGAGAACCGUGGCAAGAUCGUACAAUGGCUCAUUACCCUUAACCAGAUGAGAGCGACCGAUGAGCUGAGCGAGCAGCAGGCGCGUGAGCUGGAGCUGGAUAUUCAACAAGCGUACCAGGGAUUUAGAAGGACCUUGACAUGA